AUGGUACAAAGAAAAAUAGAACAAAACCCAUUAUUAAUCCUUCAAGACGUCAAGAAGCUGCAGACGCUGGAGGACGGAAUUUUCAGGGGAAUGCCAAAUCUGACCAUCAUCUACAUUAGCCACGCCCCGAGCCUCUCUUCACUGCCGCAACAGCUCCUUCACGUUUUCCUGCCUCGUUUGAAGAUCCUGCGUCUGCUGCACACCGGCCUGGAGGAGCUGCCUGACCUCACGCACCUUGGGACGAAGAGCAUCAUCCACAUGGUAGAUCUGGAAAACAAUAAGAUCAAACGGCUACGAGAAAAAUCCAUUGAUAUCCAGACAGAACAACUGCUCCUAGACAACAACGAGCUGCAGGAGGUCGAGGCGAUGGCAUUCUGGGGAUCCCAGAUCGGGAAACUGAGCAUGAAAGGAAACAAUCAGCUGAAGCACCUCGAUCCUCUAGCAUUCAAAGGCAUCAAGAGUCUACGUAGUCUCGACCUCUCCGAGACCGGCAUCACCCAUCUCCCGACGGUCGGCCUCGAGGGACUGGAGACCCUUCGGCUGGUUAGGACCUACAGCCUCAAGGUCUUCCCAUCGGUGUACUCCUUCAAAAACAUCCUUCGGGCGGAGCUUACUUACCACUACCACUGCUGCGCUUUCAAGUUCCCGAGGCUGCAUGACCCCAAGGAGCACAAGAAACAUGAGGACUUCCUCAAAAGCAUGCAGAGCGGGAAAUGCAGCGAAGUUACCUCUCCUUCUCCAUUCCCUAAUGAGAUACAAGCCGGAAUUAGGAGAAGAAAACGAAGGUCAGGUGAGUAAUUAUGAACAUCUGGGGCAGGGAAGGGAGGGGUCAGGAUAGGGGUAGGGGAGUGAGGGACGAGGGGAAAGGUAUUUGCAUAUUUUGCUUGUUUGCGUUGGAAUGGAGAUGAUGGUGUCCUACACAUCUCGGAUUCGUCACGUUUUUUUUUUUUUUUUUUUUUUUUUUUUU